CGGCAACACCAUAUGUAUAUUUUUAUUUUUUCUAUUUUUCGUUCCCAAUAUUCGCGACCAUACGACGACGAUGAGCAGCGCGUGUUGCUCGUCCCCCAAAUCGUCGUCUCUUCUCCUCCGCCACCACCCCGCCGCUAAAUUCCGACCUCUCCUCUUCUGCAUCCAAAUCCAAUCCUCACAAAACCCUAGCCCUGCUUCAUUGAAGAGGACGACGAGGAGGAGAAGCCUCCUCGUCCUCUCGCUUCCUCUCUCCACCCUCCUCCUCCUCCCCCCAAAUCCCACCACCUCCUCUUCCUCCUCCUCCUCCGCCGCCGCCGCCGCCGCAGCGUUCGACCCCCUCACCGAAGCCGAGCGCUCGGCGAGCGCCGUCCUCGACCGCCGCGUCGCCGACGCCGUCCGCCUCCUCGACCUCGCCCGCGAUCUCCAGGCCCAGGGCGACUUCCCCCGAGCCCUGCUCUACUUCACCCAAGUGGUAAAAGAUUACAAGGACUUGGCACUCUCGGAAUAUGCUAGAGUAGGGAGAGCACUAGUGUUAUAUGAAAUUGGCGACAGAGAUGAGGCCAUUGCGGAGAUGGAGGAUGUUUCCGUUUCUCUGAAGGGCUACCCAGAGAUACAUGCGGCUCUCGCUGCGGCAUUGUAUGCGGAUAAGCAUGCUCCAUUACUAGCCGAGAACCAAUUCGCAAUUGCCACUCUGUUGGAUCCGCACUACACUGAUCUCUCUUAUGUUAAAGAGACUAAGCAUUGGCCUCCAAGCUUGGUCAGUUCACUGCAACACUUCAUCACCCUAUCUUGAGGAUUCAAAGCAGAGUGUACAUACAUAUAUCUCCAUUUACUUCCUUUGCAUUCAUAUAUAUAUAUGUAGUAGUGAUUAUCGUGGUAAAGAUGUGGAAUGAGAAUGCCAAGUAUCAGUAGAAUUCAGUUCUAGUGAAUUCGUUCGAAGUUUUCGUGUUCCAUUUCAUACUGCAUUCUCAGAACAAUACUUUAGAUUGCGCAUAACGGAGAAUUUGCAACUUAUAUUUGUUCCAUACACACACUGCAUAUAGUGUAUUUGUAUUUUUCUCAUCCUAUUGAAGCUUUUCAUCUGCUCUUAAUGAGGAAAUUUGUGCGAAUAAUCUAAUGUCA